CCUUUUCUCGCCUAAGUUCCAAACAUAGUGUUAGGGUUCAGGUUAUCUCCGCCACUCCACACGUAACGCAAUCUGAAUUGACAGAGAGAGAGGGAGAGGAUGUGGCACGAAGCUCGGAGAUCAGAGAAGAAGGUCCACGAGCUGAUGGACGCGGCUCGGAAAAGAGGUCAGAGACGAGCAGUGUAUUUGGCGAAGAGGCGUGGCGAUCCUCUGCAAUCGAUCCAGGUCAUCGGUUCUCGCUCCCGCAUGUACCGCGACGACUCGCUCUACCAGGCCACCCAGGAUCACCAAGGCCUGAUACCUUGGAAUGGGAAACAAGAUAUUUUGAUUGACAGAUUUGACGGUCGAGCUCUUCUCGAUUUUGUUCGGGAUUCUAGUUCUCGACGUUUUCAUGCCCCAGAAAAGACACAGGAAGAAGAAGAAUUAGAAGAGUUUGUUAAUUUUGAGCGUUAUCGGGAUUUAAUUAAGCAUCAACGUAGAGGAUUUACUGAUGAGGAGGGUUUGCAACAUGUGGAUCACGAGAUAGAGGCAAAGAUUGCUACACCAUUUGGAUCUGACAGAUCUCAUCCAGCUCAGGCUCCAGCAAGCAAGGGUACAUAUUCUCAGGUGGGUUUCUCUUACGAAGGGGAAGGAAAAGGGGAAACCCACUAUUCCGAUGGCGAUGAGGAAGAGGAGGAUGAUGAUGACGAUGAUGACGAUUUUAACAGUGAUGAUAGCAAUGAUGAAGAGAUGGAGAAAAUUGCAAAAGAAUUUGGUGUCAAGAGGUAUGGUUGGCUUGUUUACAUGGAUAAAAAGGCUAAAGAGGAGGAAAGGAGGCAAAAAGAAGUCGUCAAGGGGGAUCCUUCAAUUAGGAAGCUUAGUCGCAAGGAAAGGAGGAAGGCUUCUCAAAUUGAAAGAGAGAGAGAAAGAGAUGCUGCCCAGAUUACCGGCACUCUUGGGAUUCGUCAUGAUCCCUACAGGGAAUCUAGACGAAGUCCAACUUAUGAGGCUUAUUCUCGUUUUAGAAGAUCAAGGUCACGGUCUUACUCCCCAUCACACUCAAGGCGCAGUGCUCGUGGUGUGCAUGCUGAUGAUGGUUAUCAAAGCAAGUCAAAGGCUAAAAUAGAGUAUAUUACUGAAUUUGGUGGAUUUGCUGAUGGGGAUGAGAGAAAGCUUGAAGGAUUUUCUCCACCACUGUCUCCUCCAUCACAAGCUGAUGUUUUGAACCGGCCAUCAUCUGGUCGGAUACUUGAGGCCCUGCAUAUUGAUCCUGCUUCCAGUCUAUCCCAUGAUAAGGACAAGAAUACUAAAGUAUCGAAGCCACAAGUGAGCACUUCAUCAGCUUUAGCAAAGUUAAGUAAGCCAACAAGUAGUGGGGCCCUAUCCAAACAAGGGGAGAAGAAGGAAACACCUCAAGAGCGACUUAAACGAAUCAUGAGCAGGCAACUUAAUAAACAAAUUAAGAAAGAUACUGCUAUUGAAAUGGCAAAGAAAAGAGAACAGGAGCAUCGGAGGCUUGAAAAACUUGCAGAAACAAGCCGAUUUAAUCGAUAUAGGCGUCGCAGCCGCAGCAGAAGCUACAGUCGAUCUCCCUCAAGAAGAUAUAGGCACAGCAAAAGUCCAAGUAGAAGCAGGAGUUCUCGAAGAUGUUAUUUCCGUUCUCGUUCUCGUUCACUGUCCCACUCUCACUCUCCCCCCUACUCACCUUCUCACACUCGUUCUGUCUCACGCUCUCGCUCUCCCGCUCCCAGGGUAAGUAGCCGUUCAAGGUAUUGAUAAAGAUAUUGUAGCUGGACGAGUGGCAGUGAGUAUAACAAGUGGCAACCUUCUCUCUGAAAUAAGAAAAUACAACAAUGAGCGGCAUCAGCAGCAGCCUGCAGCUACCUCUCAUGUCACUGUGUAUGUGGAAUUGUCACAGGGAUGGUGCCAACACUUGUGCCUUGUUCUUUGCUCAAAUAUUUUUUUAAGUUUUAUUGCAUUUUGUACGUACAAUGACUGAGUAAUUACUAUUAUUAGCUCUUGCUUGAUCAAUGCUCUCUGUACUUCCCAUUCUUUUCUAAUGGUGGCCGUGCAAGUAUGGUUGGUUUUUUAUUUGAAUUGGGAUUUAGGCAAAGGUCGUUAUCCACUUUAGUUUGUUUAGUCUUCGUACUAUUUGGUCAUUUGGGAUUUGAAUGUUAAACUUCAUGGUUCUUCUA